AUGGCGUCGAGCGAGAGUGGUGAUUUUCAAAAAGUGUUGGAGUAUCGGAUUUACAAGUGUUCCAGUUAUUCUUCCUGUUAUGUACCCGAAAAUAUCAUCGUUGAUAUACCGUCGGAUCAGUCAUCACGUUGGUCCUCCGACAUCGACAAUCAUCCGCAGUAUCUCAUUCUUAAACUUCAAAGCCCUUCCAUCGUCAAGUGCAUUACUUUCGGCAAAUAUGAGAAGACCCAUGUAUGUAAUAUAAAGAAAUUUAAGAUAUUCGGUGGUUUGGAACCUGAAAAUAUGAUGGAACUUCUCGAAAGUGGGCUGAGGAAUGAUUCUAUACCAGAGACAUUUGAUCUCAAACAUGUUUUAGGGAAUGAAGCGAAUUAUUUUCCCAUACGAUAUGUAAAGAUUCUUCCGCUGCAAUCAUGGGGUCCCAGUUUUAAUUUUUCUAUAUGGCACAUCAGAUUAACUGGUAUUAAUGACCCCAAGGUCAUUAAGCCCUGUCUCGAGUGGUUCAAUACGUAUCGACAGAAGGAGAUAAUAAGACUGUGCAUGAAACACUUCCGGCAAAUGGAACAGCCCGAGAUUGUGGAAACUUUGCAGAGAGUUACCGGAGUCCCCCUGGAAGAUCCACGACUGUCAACACUAUAUGAACUUUUGGUUACCAAGGGCGAUCAUCUACAGGCGGAGCGUUUUAUCAGCAACGCGCUCACGAUGGGACUCUUAAACGAUUAUAUCAAUGCUCAAACUUAUAGAGCAAUUUGGACAAAGUUAUCGUCCAGCGAGCCCAAGCCCGGGAUGCGGGGCGGUCAUCAGAUGGUGCUUGAUCCAACGGCUGAAGUACUUUAUCUCUUCGGUGGAUGGGACGGUAAUCAGGACCUCUCUGACCUGUGGUCGUACGACAUAGAGGCCGGCAAGUGGACUCUCAUAUGCAAGGACACCGAAGCGGUGGGAGGACCUAGCGCGCGUUCAUGCCAUAAGAUGUGCUUAGAUCCGCAGAGACGGCAGCUCUUCACAUUGGGCAGGUACUUGGAUACGCAGUAUCGUACUUGCGAAAAUUUAAAAAGUGACUUUUACGUUUAUGAUAUUGAGUCGAAUAAAUGGACGCAAAUCUCAGAGGACACCGGGACGAUAGGCGGGCCACCGCUUGUAUUUGACCAUCAAAUGUCGAUGGACGUAGAGAAGCGAACUAUCUAUGUUUUUGGCGGACGAGUACUGACUCAUCAGAAUAGUGCCGACGAACACAGUGUAAUACCGGAACCGCAUUUCUCGGGACUGUAUUCUUACCAUGUGCCAACCGGCACGUGGGUCAGACUCGCCUGUGAUAUUGCUGAUAAACAAUGCUCGAGAGACAUGCCUAUUUACAGAUCCCGCGCUGGUCAUUCCAUGCUGUUUCACCCGCGGUCGAGAAAACUAUACAUAUUCGCCGGUCAGAGAGGAAAGGAAUAUCUCAGCGAUUUCUUCACGUAUGAGGUUGAUACGCAACAUGUCGAGUAUAUAAGUUAUAACGAGUUCGGUACGACGAAGGAUUCUAAUCAUGUUCCCGCGGCUGGAUUUACGCAGAGAGCGACCAUCGAUCCCGAACUCGGCGAGAUUUAUGUUCUGUCGGGUUUGAGCAAAGACAAAGAUAAGAGGGACGACAAUGUGCAAAAUUCUUUUUGGGUAUACAAUAUUCAGAACAGUAAAUGGUCUUGUAUAUAUCGUAAUGAAAACGUUGGUGAAAAAUACUGGAGCAAGAUGCAGGAUUACGAACCGUGUCCGCGAUUUGCACAUCAGCUCGUUUAUGAUCACACUAGAAAGGUUCACUUUCUAUUCGGCGGCAAUCCCGGCAGAUCCUGCCUUCCAAAUUUGCGACUCGAUGACUUUUGGCAAUUGGAACUACGUCGACCCACGGGCGAACAAAUUUUGAAAAGGUGCAAACUAAUCAUCAGGAAGCAUAAGUUUAAAGAGCUUGCUCUGAGCAAUAGUAUAGAAGCCCUCGAGUACCUGCAAACAAAGAUCUUCGAAAUUAUCGACCACAGUGACACACAACAAACAAAAGAGUUUCAACUCUUGACAUCGAUCUUAUUCCGGAAACAGAAUAAUUCACUGGAGGAUGCCUCCCAUUCGAGCACGAUUCUGAAUGAGCUGACGACUGGCGUGACAACGCAACAGUGCACGAACGCGCGUGAUGUACAUAACUUGCGAACUGAGCUAUACAACAAACUCGCGGAAUUUUUCCCGGAAUCAUUAACGCAGCCGCGGGCGAAUCUGAUCGAUCUCCUGCCGUUAUAAUGACGCAACGAGCAGGUCAUGAGACCUUGACGAUGGAAUGUUCUUUGUUCACAUCACAUAAUUUCUUCUUUUGUUCAAUAAUCCUCGUUACAGCUGGUAAUCCUCAUUUUUGUAGAUUUACGACGAGCCUCGCCAUGUUUGUGAUACGAUUUAUUUUUCUACUUUCGACUUGUUGUGUUAAUCAUGGGAGAAAAAAGAAUUGGUUGCAGUAGAUUUCGGAUUCAACAUUUAUAAAACUGCCUCUCACAAUUUUAUUUAUUUCAUCUUAUAAUACGCUUGUUAAAGAGUUUUUUCUCUGUUUUUCUUAAUGAACCGGAAAAGCGAUUCAGGACAAAGCACUCCAUGUGUCAUUUAUACUUAUCUACACUUGUUUGAAAUCGAGAACUUUGUGAUAUCGAUAGCUUUCUAAUGGACUGGUUAGCUGAUAUGUAUAAGUAAACUAGAGAUCAAUUUUAUAUAUAAUCUCUUCUAUAUUCUAUGUAGCUAUGUGUUUAUAAUGUGGCCAUAAAAUUGUUGUUGUUAUUAUGUUUGCUGAAAUAAUAUAUUUCUCGUCGAGUGUGAAUUGAAGGGAGAUUUAAGGCUAGAGAUAGCACAUUAAGGAAGCUGUUAAUUAAAGCGUCAUGAUUUAAUUUCAAACACUUGACACAAUAUGUUACUUUUUACCAAAAGUAUGUAAGCCAACAAAUUAUUGUAUAGCUUCGUUAAACGCAACAAAUUGUAACUCUUAAUCUGAAGUCUAGCGGUUUUCUGGCUUACAGAGAGAU